AUGUUUAAAGAGUAUGGAAUAAAGAGUGCUUCCUCAUAAUGCAGAUAUACUUGCAUAAGGAGUGAGAAAAAAUUAAAGUUGACGAAAAACUGAACAAAAAUAACUCAUCGACUAAUUGCUUUCGUCUUACCUCGAUAUCACAUUCAUGCUUCAUAAGCAUUAAAUUAAUACACCAUCUUAUUUAUGCCGUCAGUAUUACCUACACAUCGGUUAUUAUUGUUAGCUCGAGCUGCGUAUUGUCUUUCCAAACAUUCUGCAAUGCCUAAAAUUGGUACUCACGACGGGAAAUUCCACUGUGAUGAGGUCUUUGCAAUUUUCUUGUUGAAAUCACUUCCUGGAUACAAUAAUUAUGAGAUUGUGCGAAGUCGUGACAAGGACAUACUGAAUUUGUGUGAUAUUGUGGUUGAUGUCGGUGAUGAAUAUAACCAUGCUACAAUGAAGUAUGACCAUCAUCAAAGAAAUUUUGCUCAUACAAUGAAUACGUUGGGAGUAAUGGAUUUUGAUACGAAAUUAAGUUCAGCGGGUCUUAUUUACGCUCAUUUUGGGAAGAGUGUUAUUAGAGCGUUGCUUGGGUUACAAAAUCAUGAUCUAGUGGUUAACAUUUUAUUCAAAAAAAUCUAUGAAACAUUUGUGGAAUCUAUCGAUGCUAUAGACAAUGGAAUUGCUCAAUUUGAUGGUGAACCAAGAUAUUAUUUGGGUGGUACACUCUCGUCUCGAGUUUCAAUGUUAAAUCCUGCAUGGAACGAGGAUACAAUCAGCGUGGAUGAAAGAUUUAUGAUGGCAAUAAAAUUGGUCGGCAAGGAAUUCACUGAACUGCUCACUCAUCUUUAUAAAUCUUGGCUACCAGCGCGUAGCCAUGUUAUCAACGCAGUCACUCAUCGUUUUGAUGUUGACAAAAGCGGCCAAAUAGUUUGCCUAGAAGGUGGUGGAAUGCCAUGGAAAGAUCAUUUUUUUCUCAUUGAAGAAGAAUUUCAUAUAAAAAACGACGAUAUUAUAUAUGUUAUUUAUGAAGAUAAGGCAAAAAUACAGUGGCGAGUGCAAGCUAUUCCAAUAAGCGAAAGGCAACCUUUUGAAAACAGAUUGCCCCUACCAGAAGCAUGGCGUGGUCUUCGUGAUGCAGAAUUAAUAAAGGUAGCGGAUAUACCGGGCUGCACUUUCGUUCAUCCAUCUGGUUUCAUUGGAGGCAAUGAAUCAAUGAAAGGCGUGAUAGAGAUGGCAAGGAAAUCAUUGUCUCUCGCCGGGAAAUAUAAAAACUAAUUCGUAUCACUUUUAAAUUAUUUAUGUGUUUUAUGCCUUCAUGUGAGCUUCUUUAGACUUCAUAUCAUUAUAUAUGCAAAAUUCGAAUUUUGCAACGACUUCGAAAGAACUUUGUCAGUACUUUUGUUAAAAUUCAAGUUUUGAGCUGCAGGAGUAAGAUUGCAAUUU